AUGGCCUCCGAAGAGACCCUCAUAUCCUUUGCGCCCGUCACACCCGCCCAUAAAUUUGCCUGGCGCGCUCUUCGCGGCUUCGUGUACGGCUCGCCCGAGUCGCCCGAAAUUGACAACAACUUGGUCCCGGGCAGUGUGGGUUCCGGCAAGGAGAACGCUCGUCCAGUAUCACCAUCGCUGAAGAAGAUCAUCCUCGAAGGCAUCCCAACUCUAGCGAGUCCGCAGAAGCGCAAGCGCAGUGAUGCUGCACCAGCAGCGCCGCAGCUCUCACCAACAAAGUCGAUCCUGCGCACGCCUGGUGGCGCGCCGACACCGCGAGCUAAGAGCCUGAGGGAUGUGAAUGUCAAGUUCAAGAGUGUCAGCCCUGAGGUGAUGGCGGUGAAGCAGAGAAAUGCUACUGCGCCUGUGCUGGGCAAGGUGGAUGUGGUGUCGCUAGAGAAGGAGAUUGACGAGCUUCAGCAGGAGCUUGAGGCAUCGAUCGACGGUGGGAAGAAGAAUACAGCGCCAGACCAAGCACAUGUGGUGUCGAAGAAGGUCAGGAAGACCAGCAAACAGACAACAGUCUCGGACAUAAUGCCUGCCACAGCGCACGAUCCGGAACGAGAGGCCUAUCAACGUAGAACGGAGAUGGAGGUCAAGCAGAUACUGCGGCACCAGAAGAAGAUCAAGGACUACGCGAAGCGGGCGGAUGAGCAGAAUGUCAUCCUGAAGGGUAUGGUCGCGGAGUUGAAGGCAGAGAAUGCACGACUGAAGGCCAGACUAGAGGAGAAGGAGCGAAUACCUGUGAACGGAGGCAAUAGCGGUGGCCCGACGAAGGAAGCCACCACCGAUGUUUCAGAUCGCGGUAGCAGACGAGACAGGAAGGCACCGCUUGGGGCUCGAGUUCAUGCAGAUCAGGCAGCGGAUGCUUUGUCGAGGACCGAGGCAUUCAAGCGGUCAUUGCGUGGCCAGGAAGCCAUAGCCCCGGAGGCUAGUACAGACAGCGCAUCUCUCCCCCAUCGGCCCAAAACCACUACCUUGGAUACCGACAGCGCAUCCAGGCGACGAAGGAGACCGAGCAUCCACGUUCACGAAGAUCCAAAGCCUAUACAGUCAAGGCCCGACGACAAAGGCAAUCAGCAAGUGCACACCACCAGAUCCGACAAUCGAGAUGAUGCAGGCAGGGAACCUGCAACACGGCCAGCAUCCCCAGUCAAUCGCAGUGUCUCGAUCCGCAGUACAGACAGACCGCGAGUCCGCAGUCGCAACUCACCUCCUUCCCUCACAGUCCUCCUCAGCGAACAGCUCGAGCAACCUGCUGAGCCGCCUCGUCCAUCUGCGAGAAAUUGCAGCAGCAGACAACCAUCGACGUCCAUUCCCAAGACCAGCGCUUCCGGCACUACAAUCGAUGCUUCCGAUCGACCAUCCAUAGAAGUGGCUGAUUCCUUGCACGCUGUCCAACCAUUGGACCAGCCAUCUACUGCUACCAGAGUCGCCGCUGUUACAACACUAGCGCCCGACCGCGCCACAGCAGCGCGUCUGCGUCUGGAGAAACGGCGCGAGCGGGCUCGAUUGGGGCUUGUGGGUAAUGGGACGAGUUUGGCUUUUGCUGGGAUGUUCACUGGAGCAGAUCAUGGUCGAGAGAAACAAUCGGCUCUGGAGGAGAGCGCUGUGGACUGGGCUGGGCUGUGA